GUUUUGUUGUUAUCAGUGUUUGACAUUGUCAUUAGUAGCUAAAAAAAGAUAGUUUCGAGUACUAUGUUUGGUGCUGAUGCGUUAAACUUCAUUUUCCAAAACCCUCUUGCUGACACCACAGUAUCCAUCAUUACAAAAACAGCAAAAAUAUUAACUAAAGGGGCUGAUGCUUUUUUACCCAAACCUAAUCAGCAGCCUGUCCAACAAAUAAUAAAGAUGGAUCCUGAACCUUUAUGGAAAUUAGCAGGUAGAGGUGGCAUUUUCGUGAAAUUGGCUGCAAUAUCUGGAAGUGCUGCAGUUGUCCUCGGAGCUUAUGGAGCCCAUACUGUCCUGCCCGACAAAGAUAAAGAUGAAAAUGCUAAAGUGGCUUUUCAAACAGCAAACAGAUACCACUUCUUUCAUACCUUGGCUUUAUUAGGGGUACCACUUUGCAGAUAUCCUGCAAUAAGUGGUUCUCUCUUCAUUCUUGGGCUUUCCCUGUUCUCUGGAACAUGUUACUACUAUUCCAUCACUGGUGACAACAGAUUUCGUCGCCUGACUCCUGUCGGUGGCACCUGCCUUAUUCUUGGUUGGAUUGCUAUGCUUUUCUAAUCAUUUCAGAAACUUUUUUGAAUAGGUUUUUUUUUUUGUAGCCGUUAUGUGAUACUUCAAUAUAAGUUGGUUAAUUUUAUGAUAUUUGUUUAACUUUAGCCACAGAAAUGGCACAGGUAAGCAGAUAUGGAGUUGGUAUUUAGUUUUGGUCUCAUUUAUUUGAAAUAAAUGUGUGAAUUGAAGUAGAAAAUAGUUAUAGACCUUUAAGUUAAUUAUUUUCUGUUUUCAGCUCUCUGUUAUAUAACUUAAAAUAUUAUGUUUACAGAUAUUUCGUCUUGUAGAUGUUUUAUGCAUAAUUUGGUAUUUAUAUACUUUCCAUAUCAGAAACUAAUUUAUAUUUCUGGUUACAAAUUUACCCAUCUCUGUUAUUCAUUAGCUGUAGAUCAUGUAGUAUUUCCCCAAUUAGUUACCAAACAGUUAAGUCAAUAGUUGUAUUAGGGUGUGUCAUUUUAAUUAAAUUUAAUGUAAUUUUAUUAAUUGUAUUUUAUAAUGCAGUUUUAUAGAUGUUUAAGUAAAAAGGAAAAGCAUUUACAGUGUUUUAAAAUAUAAUUAUCGAAAAAUUAGUCUAUUGACCAAUAGUAAUCUGUAUUUAUUUAUUUAAAAAUACAAAAGGAAACAAUGUUUGACCACAGUACAGAAUUAUUUAUUAACAUCAUUAAAAUUAUUAUGGAAUGAAUAUUUAAUUGAAAUUUUUUGUUUUAAAUGAUUUUUUACAUAAGAAUGUAAGGUAUAAAAGUACUUUGUUUAUAAUUACUCUGCAGUUAAUUUGGAUUUUAGUGUAAACAAAAUUAUCAGAUCUCAACUAAAAAAAGAAGAAAAAAACUUGAAUGUUAUGAAUUGUUUUGGUUUAUUCCACUUGGUAUUAUUUGUUAAUUAGGAACUGACCCUUUUUCAUUUUUGAAAAGCUAAGUUUAAAAAUCCUUAGUUGAUUAAGUCUUAUUUUAAUUUUUUUUAGUUGUGACUUUUUUCUUUAUUUGACUGUGAUGUAAAAAUAUUUUUUUUUAUUGUUGAUUUGUUGUGUUACAUUCUAAUGUUUGUCUUUAUAUCAUAAGAAUAUUUGAAACCUUGAUUUUGUCAUUGUAUAUUUGAAAUAAAUCUUACUAUCCAAAGUUA